AUGGAUAUUGAUGAGUGUUGUCCUGUUUGUGGUGUUGGUCUGGAAACAGACUUUCAUGUUCUCUAUGGUUGCUCUUUUGCAAGAUCUUGUUGGUUGCUGUCAAAUUUAGGUUGGGUCCCAUUUUCUUCUCUUAACACUAUGUUGUCUUAUGUUCUUACUUCUUUGCCUAUGUCUCAACGUGAAGAGGUUUUUAUGUUGAUAUGGAGCUUGUGGACACACCGUAAUGAUGUUGUGUGGAAUCAGAGUUUUCAGCAGCCUAUUUACGUGGUUAAUAGGGCUAGAGCAGUGUUGGAAGAAUGGCAACUCGCUCGGUUACAUUUUCGAGUUUCAGAUUCUCGUACAAAACCAUUAGCUGCAGCAGUUUGGCAACCUCCUCCCCUUGGACAUUAUAAAUGCAAUAUUGACAUUUCAGUACAGACUAAUGGUUCAUAUGGGUUGGGUAUGGUGGUCCGAAAUUCAUUGGGGUACUGUUGUGAAGGUCAACUUAUGGUCGUGCCUGGUUUAAUGGAUCCUCUAUUGGGUGAAGUGUUAUGUUUUAGGGAGACAUUGAGUUGGUUGAAGUCUAAAAGUUAUUUUCCGGUUUGUGUGGAGACGGAUUGUGAGCUGGUUGUUAACGCUUUGAAUUCUCCAUACUCUGAUUCUUCAUAUUUUGAGUUGAUGAUUAAUGAUUGUAAGGCUCUUCUUCAUGAGCUGCAAUAUGUUUCGUUUGCUUUUAUUAAGAGAUCAGCGAAUCAAGUUGCUCAUACAGUUGCAAGGGCGGCUGGUUCUUUGUCUGAUUUUGAGUGGGGGUAUGCCCUCCUUUAUUCUUAUGAUGAUGAGGAUGAUGAUCACAUAAUCAUCCCAUCAGUAAUCGAUGAUGAUGGCACGCAUGCAAAGGCACAGUAA